AUGGCGGGAAAAAGCAAGAUUUUGAUCAUCGGUGGAACGGGAUAUAUUGGCAAGUUUAUGGUUGAGGCAAGUGUUAAGGCUGGCCAUCCCACCUUUGUUCUGGUUAGAGCAUCUACAGUUUCUGACCCUGUCAAGGGAAAAAUUGUUGAAGGCUUCAAGAACUCAGGCCCAACUCUGGUUCAUGGUGACUUGUAUGAUCAUGAAAGUUUAGUGAAGGCCAUAAAACAGGUGGAUGUGGUCAUAUCAACUGUUGGUCAAAAUCAAUUGGAUGAUCAGGGGAAGAUCAUUGACGCAAUUAAAGAAGCUGGAAAUGUCAAGAGAUUCUACCCUUCAGAGUUUGGAGUUGAUGUGGAUCGCCAAGAUGCAGUUGGGCCUGUCAAGUUUGGAUUUGUAGCAAAGUCUCAGAUUCGUAGAGCGACUGAGGCAGCGGGGAUUCCUUACACCUAUAUCGCAUCUAACGCUUUUGCUGGAUAUUUUCUUUCAACCUUUACACAGCAAGGAGCCACUGCUCCACCACGAGAUAAAGUUUUCAUCUUGGGAGAUGGAAAUGCCAAAGUUAUUUUCAUUGGAGAACAUGACGUUGGUACCUUCACCAUCAAAACCGUUGAUGAUCCAAGAACAUUGAACAAAGUUGUCUACAUUAAUCCUCCUAAGAAUUGUGCAUCAUUUAAUGAGUUAGUGGCCAUAUGGGAGAAGAAGAUUGGUAAAACGCUGGAGAAGGAAUACAUUUCUGAGGAACAACUCCUAAAGAACAUCCAAGAGGCUCCAAGUCCACUCGACGCCAUAUUAUCAAUUAACCAUGCAAUUCUGGUAAAUGGUACUUCCAACUUUCCAAUUGAGCCAUCUUUCGGUGUAGAGACUUCAGAGCUUUAUCCUGAUGUCAAGUACACCACUGUCGAGGAGUUCCUUCAUCAAUUCGUCUAA